UUCAAAGUUGGUUAUUUAUACGAUUUAUACUGUAAUGGACGAUGUAGAAGCUCCAAUAUUUUACGACGAUGAGGGUGACUUUGUUGGACACGAAUAUUUCCAAGAUGCAGAUUAUGAAUACGACUACGAGGAAAAUAUUGAGAGAGAAACAUUGUUAGAAUUGUAUCAAUAUUGCCUCAGCCCCACUGUUUACGAUACAGCAUCAUAUAUAUUACCGCUACUUAUUUCCACGAUUUUAUUUCGAUUAUGUGCUCGUUCUCAAUAUAUAUCCCAUAAAGUUUUCCAUGUAUUGUCAAUGUUGAUUGGCAUAUAUAAUAUCUAUCACUAUGUAACAGAAUGUUUAUAUAUACUGUUAGUACUUUGUAUAUUUUCAUAUAUCACUUUACAUGUACCUAAAAACUAUUGUAAAAGCGUAGGAAUAUUUUUACCACCUCUUUUCAUUAUUGUAUAUUGUGAAUUUUCUAUGCCCCCAGUAGUUUGGCAUAAGAUACGUAGUGUUGUAAUGACCAUGGCAAUGAAAACUAUUAGUGUAGCAAUAGAUAAAAUUGAUUCAAACAAUUUACCUAACAUUUAUAGUUAUAUGGGAUAUACUUUUUGUGGUGUGACAUGUCUUUUUGGUCCAUGGAUAUCAUUCAAAGAUUACAUUUCAGCACGUUAUAUAAAUCAUCAGGAUAAAUGGUGGAUACUGUGUGCUAUUCAAUGUACAUUUUUAUCGUUUGUGUUUUUAACUAUGUCAAACUGCUGGACACAAUGGAUAGUAAUGGAUAACUCUUGGAAGUGGCUUUUAGCUUACAGGGAUGCACUGUCUUUCAGAACAUCUCAUUAUUUCAUCUCAUAUAUUGCAUCCACUGCAUUGUUAAUAGGGGGAUUUCCACAAACUUUAACUACUAUAGUAAAGCCGUUAAAAGUAGAAUUUCCACGGUCACUUGUACAAGUUGUUAUUUGUUGGAAUAUACCAAUGCACUUCUGGUUGAAAACAUAUAUAUUCCGUCCCAGUAUCAAAUACUUAGGAAAAUUUGGAGCUAUAACUAUGACAUAUUUAACAAGCGCUCUUCUACAUGGGUUAAAUUUUCAGCUGGCAGCAGUUUUACUUAGCCUUGGAUUUUACACAUAUAUAGAAUUCCAGCUCAGAUCUAUGCUUGCAAAUAUUUUCGAUGCGUGUAUCUCGUCCAAGCAAUGUACUAAGAAUAAAUGUACACACACCUAUAAUACUCAUAAUUCUUGGUGGGUUUUUCCUACAAAUAUGAUGUUUUCUGGACUAUCAGUUUUUCAUUUAGCUUAUCUAGGUCUUAUGUUUGAUACAUCUGAAUUACAAGAUACAGGAUACAGUUACAUUCACACUAUCGAAAAAUGGUACCAAUUAGGAUUUGCUAGCCAUUGGGUAAUGUUUGCUACUUAUUGCAUAUAUUUUUCAAUUAGGUAA